AAGCAUAGACUCCAAGCUCAUCCAUCAUCAUACACCUCACUCGAGCACCUGGAUAUUUUGCUGUGGUGGUUUCGUUGUAUUCCUGCAUUUUGCUCUCCGCACAUAAUGAUUUGACAAAUUCUUCUUCUUCUUUCUCUCCUUUCUUGCCCCCUUUUCCCCUCUCCUAAUGGACAUCGACGACAUCCUCCGCGAGGUCGACCCGGUCUCAUACUCGAUCCCCUCCGAGACACGCGACUUGCAGGCCUUGACGCGUGCCUGGGUAGCGGAGAGGUCGGCCCCGGAACUGCUAGAAUGGCCCGCCGACGGCAUAUUCGAGCGCGUCAACGAGCGCAUCAAAAAGCAGAUCGAGAAGAUUGAAGACAUGACGGGCGACAUGGACCCCAAGACCAAUUUCGCCCUCAUCGUCAUCCAAACCGAGCUGGAGCGUUUCAAGUUUCUCGUGCGGAGCUACCUGCGCGCCCGUAUCGCCAAGAUAGACAAACACACGCUCCACUACCUCUCCAACCCGACCCUCCGCGCCCGCCUCUCCCCCACCGAGCUGGCCUACGCGACGCGCCACCAGGCCCUGCUGCACAACCACUACCUCUCGUCCUUCCUGUCGUCGUUCCCGCCGCAGCUGCAGAACCUCAAUGACACGGCGGGGAACAUCAGCAUGAUCGACUCCCCCGACUUGGACACGGCCGUGUUCAUCCGCCUGCUCCGAGAUGCACUCGUUGAGGGCCGGGGGACCGACUCGGAUGGCGCUAUCGAUGGGAAGGCGGGGGAUAUACUCAUCCUUCGGUGGUCGAGCGCCAAGUCUCUGGUUGAGAGUGGCGGUGCCGAGCUUGCGUGA